AAGGGCGGUGAGCGGACACCAAAUGACCACUCGAAAUCUGAGUGACUGUCGUGUUUGUUGUGCGGUGCCCGUUGCGGCUGAUUCGAGUUCCUGUAUAGUUUGACUGGAUUCAACUCUUCUAUUUUAUGUAACAUUUGGAAACAACGUUACUGGCACUUAAGAAAUACAACCCAGAUUUUAAAAAUGCCAAGCUUCAAAGUUAAAGUAAAAUGGGGAAAGGAGAUGUUCCCCGAUGUGGAAGUGAAUACAGAAGAAGACCCGCUGUUAUUCAAGGCGCAACUGUUUGCUUUGACUGGUGUUCAGCCCAACCGACAGAAGGUUAUGGUAAAGGGUAUGACUUUAAAAGACACCGAAUGGGGAAAUCUACCUUUGAAAGAUGGUGUCAUGGUCUUAUUAAUGGGCAGCAAAGAAGAAGAUGUGCCCUCUGAACCUGCAGUGAAACCUGUUUUUAUGGAAGACAUGAAUGAGUCUGAACUUGCUACUGCUAUGGAUCUCCCUGCUGGAUUAACAAACCUGGGAAACACCUGUUACCUUAAUGCUACUGUUCAGUGUCUUAAGACUGUACCUGAACUCAGAGAUGGUCUUCAAUCCUUUGAAGCUAGUGUUGGAGGUGGAUCUUUUGUCCCUUCCCAAUCAAUAACAGUUGCCCUGCGAGAUUUGUAUGCUAUGAUGGACCGAGGGGCAUCCUUUUCUCCUCUUAUUCUUCUCCAAGUCCUUCGGUUGGCAUUUCCACGCUUUGCUGAGAAGGGGGCAGGAGGAGUUUACAUGCAGCAGGAUGCCAAUGAAUGCUGGACUGAACUUGUACGCAUGCUUCAGCAGAAGCUCCCAUCAAAGCCUGUUGAAGGUUCAAAAUAUCAACCAAAGUCUUUGAUAGAGCAGUACUUUGGAGGCCGAUUUGAUGUUGAAUACAAAUGCAAUGAAGCAUCAGAAGAAGAACCAACCCGCUCUGAAGAAGAUUUCCUGCAACUCAGUUGCUUUAUUUCCCAAGAUGUGCGCUAUAUGCUGUCUGGAUUGCGAUCUAAACUUCAAGAACAUAUAACAAAGAACUCGCCAACACUUGGAAGAGAUGCAGUGUACACCAAAACUAGUAAAAUUAGUAGAUUGCCUGCUUAUUUGACUGUGCAAUUUGUUCGUUUCUAUUACAAAGAAAGGGAGUCUGUAAAUGCAAAGAUCUUGAAGGAUGUCAAAUUUCCCAUGGAAUUUGAUGCUGUUGAACUGUGCACUCCAGAACUUCAAGAAAAGCUUACACCAAUGAGAGAUCGCUUUAAGCAAUUGGAAGACAGAAAAGUUGAAGAACAACUUAACCUUAAAGACAAGAAGGCUGGCGACAGUAAGGUAAAAACAAGGAAAGAGCCCUAUUGGCUAGAAAAUGACCUGGGCUCCAACAACUCAGGAUACUACACUCUUCAAGCUGUGUUAACUCAUAGAGGGCGUUCAUCAUCAAGUGGUCAUUAUGUUGGGUGGGUACGACAGAGUGAUAACACCUGGCUGAUGUGUGAUGAUGACAAAGUCACACCUGUUUCAGCUGAAGAUAUUUUGAAACUCUCUGGUGGUGGGGAUUGGCAUUGUGCAUAUGUACUACUGUAUGGUCCUCGUAUCAUGGAAAUUCCUGAGGGCAUGGAUUUGAGUUCCUCUACAGCUGAGAAGGUGGUAGAAAAAAUGGAAACUGAAAACUCCAGCAAUACUCAAUAAUUAUGAUUAUUUUUUAACUUAAAGUAUUUUGAGCAUUUUAACAUGAAAUAAAUUUGCACUCUUAUUUCUUUGAUCUUUUUAACCAGUAUAUCGAUAUAAUGCUCAAAUUUCCUGGGAGACUACCACUCAGUGUGAACUUACCAACCUGCCUGUACCUUUUUCUGUAAUAAAAUGAAUUCAAGAAAUUGCACAAAA